AGUUGACAUACAAAUGAAACAACCCUUUAAGCUUUCAAAGUGAAAAUUUCUGAACAAUAUUGCGCUUUUUAACUUCUUGAAGCGUAUUUUGAAAAAUUGAAAUAACUUUACGUAUGAAAUUAUAGCUUUUUCGUGGCAAAAUUAAGUUAACAAGAGAAAUUGUGCUUGCAAAGAUUUCAUCGCCAUUUCGUUAUAUCACAGGUCACAUCGAAGGGCAUGUAACGUAGGUCGAGGGAAAGCGUAUUUUUGAAAGGAACAAUCUUUGUAACAACGAUGAAUUCCAAAGACGAACAGUUUAAAGAACCUUUUGUCACUUCCACUUGUGAUAAAGAUAUUGUAUUUACUGUAGAAAGAAAUUCCUCAGUUCACUCACAAGAAAAAUCACUCUCAAACAAGGUUGGCGAUUCGGGUGUAAACAAAAGCCAAGAAGAUGAAUGUAAGCCUUUGCCUGUCAAGAAGAAGCACCGUCGUGGUUCGAGGCGAAGCAGAAAGAAGUUUAAACCAUAUUCAAAGCUGACUUGGGAGGAGAAGAAGGCCGUGGAAGAAAGGGAGAGCCGAAGAGCUGUAAAAAAUCGAGAGAAGUACAUGCAAGAAAAAGGUCGUCCACUUGCCCCUUAUAACACUUCACAAUUUUUAAUGGCUGAACAUGAUACUCAAGAACCUAAUUUAUGUGUACACAAAACUACGAGAAUUUCUAGUUCAGCUGAUGACUCUGGCGAUUCGUUAUCGUAUUCUGAUGAAGAGCGAGAUAUCGAAGAUGUUCGUAGUUUUUUGCAAAAAGAUUUUACUGAAACCUAUGAUCGUUUUCAUUCCGAAACCCUUCAUGGUAUGAGUAAAGACGAAUUAAUUAAUGAAUACAUCGAACUGGAGAAUAAAGUGGAAAAUUUGGAGAAAGAGUUGAACACUAUUAAAUCAAAUGGAAAGGUAAAUGGGCAUGACAAUAGUAAAAUCAAUUCUGAAAUGAACAAUGUAGAAACAGGGAAAGAUGUUGAUACAGAAUCAUUAAAAGAGGAAAUCCAGCAUUUGCGUGAUGAAAACCAAAGGUUAAGUGUUGAGAAUAUUAGAUUGAGACCGGCAGCUAUGGAUACACCUGUAUCUUAGAACAGGAGGAUUCUUGUAUAAUUGUUGAAUGACAUCAACUAGUAUAACAAUUCUGAGACUUACAUUAUAUCCAAUGUCAUUAACGAAAUCAUUUUAUAUCCAAUAAAUAAAUCAAAUACCUUUAAGGUGUUAAAUGGUAAUUUUCCUUUUCACCAAGUAUUGUUUGUACCCAUGGAUAUAUUAUUAAUGUUUUCAUAGGUUGAAUUUAGUGAUGUUGUAGAUAACUAUCUCUGUCAUCAAUAAAUUCUGACUCACAUGAAAUUUAGCUUUAGAAAGUAUAUUCUUCAUCUUUAGAGAAUUUCUGUCCAAUUAAUACAUUAAUUAUAGUAGCAAAUCAAUGCCAAUCCUUUAAUGAUAUUUGUCCAUUUUCUUGGCUGAACUAAAAAAGUUACUGUUUGCCUUUACCAUAUGAAUGAAAGAGUUGUUUUUAGAUUGGUGUAGUUACUAUAAUUGUAUAAAUAUCACAGAAAAGAGUUGUAACUAUUGUCAAACUUUAAAUACAUAAAGGACAUCCUCA